CUUGCCACUGCCCACUGCUCGCCCUCGUCUCGGACUGCACGCGCCACAGGCGUCCGAGCUUCCGUCUGAGCGUCUCCCCACCCCAGGGUUACUCCGCCGCGGAUCCAUCCCGCUAGGGUUCAGAUCCACGACGAGCAAAAGAGGUAAUCAGCUAUUCACCGUCAGCUCGUUGGACGGACAUCAUCGGCAACGAGACCUCUGUUCGUUCGUUCUAGUUGGAAUAUUUUCCCCAGAUCUAUCCAUCCCCUUCGCAAUCGCUCCUCCACUGCUUGCCCUCGUCCCGCGGUGCACGUGUCGCCGGCGUCCGAGCUUCCCCGCUUCCCUCUCCUCGCCGUCAGUCCGCGAGAUGCAUACUGCGAACAGAUAGAGCUAACUCCGAGUUGUUCACGUCGCCGGCGUCCGAGCUUCCCCGUUUCUCUCUCCUCGUCGGGCGAGGUGCCAGUGCUAAUCCGUGGGCGGACAUCCUCCACGGCCAAUCGAUCCCGCUAGGGUUCAGAUCCACGACGCGGAGAGAAAAAACGAUCCACUGUUCACCGUCAGAGCGCGACGGAUCCCAUCCAGCUAGGUUUUUGAUCGACGACGCGGACAAGAGGAAUUUGACUGUCAGUGUGUUGUGUUCCACCAACGCUGCCAUUGCCCAACAAAAUCCAGAUCCCGAUAGGUUGUACAUUGACGACCUCCGCUGCAGAAUCAACUGGGCGAGCUCUGAUCUAUCACGGCCAUGGAGGCAGCUUUGGUGAGCGCGGCGACAGGAGUCCUCAAACCUGUCCUAGCAAAGCUGGCCUCUCUGCUCGGCGACGAGUACAAGCAUUUCAAGGAAGUGCGCAAGGAGAUCAAGUUCCUCAUGGACGAACUUGAGGCCAUGCACGCGUUUCUCCUCAAAAUGUCAGAGCACGAGGAUCCUGAUGUGCAAGACAAAAUUUGGGCAGCAGCGGUGAGGGAGCUCUCCUACGACAUGGAGGACACCAUCGACGACUUCUUGCAAAACGUCGAUGACAAAGACGCCAAGCCAGAUGGCUUCAUUGAGAAGAUCAAACACUCGCUAGGGAAGUUGGGGAAGAUGAAGACUCACCAUCGGAUUGGUAGCGAGAUCCAAGAUAUGAAGAAGCUAGUCAUCGAGGUGGCUGAUAGGAAUGCAAGGUAUAGGACUAUCUCCAACUCCAAGCAUGCAGCCGUUGACCCUCGAGCACUUGCUAUCUUUGAGCAUGCCUCCAAGCUUGUGGGAAUUGAUGAACCCAAGGCUGAGAUAAUCAAACUGUUGACUGAAGGUGGGCCAACAGAUGGGCAACCGAAGCUGGUCUCCAUCGUAGGAUCUGGAGGAAUGGGCAAGACAACUCUUGCAAACCAAGUGUAUCAAGACCUCAAAGAGAAAUUCAAGUGCAAGGCUUUCAUAUCUGUGUCACGAAAUCCAGACAUGGCGAAUAUCUUGAGAACCAUUCUUCAUCAUGUUAGCCCUGGUUAUGCCAACACGGAAGCAUGGAGCAUACAACAACUAAUAAGCAAGAUUAAUGAUUACCUAGCAAAUACAAGGUACUUUAUUGUUGUUGAUGAUAUAUGGGAUGUAAAAACAUGGGAUGUUACCAAGUGUGCAUUUCCCAUCAACACUUGUGGAAGUAUCCUAAUCACCACUACUCGUAUGACUGAUGUUGCUCGGUCAUGUUGUUCAUCAUUUGCUGGUCACAUCUACAAUAUGAGGCCUCUUGAUAUGGCACAGUCAAGAAAACUAUUUUACAUAAGACUAGACUCCAAAGAGGAUUGCCUUGAGCACCUUGAAGAAGUUUGUGAUAAAAUUUUAGAAAAAUGUGACGGUUCACCUUUGGCAAUCAUUGCUAUAUCUGGUUUGCUGGCUAACAGAGAAAAUACCGUUGAAGAAUGGGAUAGAGUGAAAAAUUCUAUUGGACGUACACUUGAAAGAAAUGCUACUGUGGAAUUAAUGAUGAAGAUAUUGUCACUUAGCUAUUUUGAUCUUCCUCCUCACCUAAAGACUUGUCUACUGUAUCUGAGUAUAUUUCCAGAGGACUAUAUUAUUGAGAAGAAGGACCUCAUAAGGAGAUGGAUUGGUGAAGGGUUCAUACGUAAAGAGAGCAGAUAUACAUUAUAUGAGUUAGGACAAAGGUAUUUUAAUGAGCUAAUUAAUAGGAGUUUGGUCCAGCCUGUUAAGUCAAAUGAAUAUGGUGUGGUGAUGAGUUGUCGAGUUCAUGACACAAUUCUUGAUUUCAUCACAUCCAAGUCCAUUGAAGAGAACUUUGUUACUUUCGAUGGUCUUCUGGAUCUAAACACUGUGACACAACGCAAAGUUCGUCGUCUAUCUCUCCAAGUUGGGAAUCAAGGAAAUUCUUCAAAUAGCUUGUUGUUGUCUCAUGUCCGAUCAAUUAAUGUGUUUGGGUAUUCCGGAGAAAUUCCUUCUCUGGAUAAGUUCAAGUAUUCGCGUGUUUUAGACUUUGGAGGCUUUAGCCAACUGGAGCGCCAUCAUCUUGCAAAUAUAGGGAGAUUGUUUCAGUUAAGGCACCUGAACUUGAGAAACACAAGAAUAAAUGAGCUAUCAGAACAAAUCGGACUUCUAGUGUUCUUACAGAUGCUGGACAUAAGAGGCACAUAUGUGAAUAAAUUACCUGCAUCUGUUGCUAAUCUCAGAAGAUUGGUGUAUCUCCUUACCGACACGGGUGUUAUAAUUCCAGAUGGAAUUGCCAAGAUGCAAGCACUGGAGAUACUGAAGCGGGUCGCCGUCUUCAAGCAAUCAGUUAACUUUCUGCAAGAAGUUGGCCAACUAAAGAAUAUGCGAAAGCUGAUCCUUGGAGUGCAGGUUAUCGACCAAGAACAUAUCUGCAUCCUUGGAGGCUUACCAGCUCUGAUUGUCCUAAAGAUGAAAGUAGCAGCAAAGGGUAAUGACCUGCUCAGCGUCAGUGGUGCAGCUGGGUUCCCAUGCUUGAGGGAGUUACUUUAUCAUAAAGUACUGUUUGGAGGGAUGGAUCUAUUGUUUGAACCAGGAUCCAUGCCCAAGCUAGAGAAACUUGAUCUUUCGUUCAACGCAGGGGAAUGUCACUCUCUCAGCAGUGAAGCUUUCGAUCUCGGAAUCGGUAACCUCCUCAACCUCGGUAGUGUCAAAUGUGAAGUACGUGGCUGGCUCAACAGUGCUGUUUCAGUAGCAAAGGCUUACUUGGAGAAAACAGCCAGGACACAUCCCAACCGCCCUACUCUACUGCUUGCAUAGAUCCAUAUAUGGUUGUGCUGCAUAAAGCCACCUUACUAUUAAAGCUUGGGGCGAGACUUGACACGCAGGAUGCUGCAGCUUCGAGAAUUCAGCACUUCAGUUCAGUCUUAGAUCAGUUCAUCAUUUGUGUGUUGAACUUCCUGCCGACAAACCGAACGUUUUUCACUUCUUUCUAUGUGGGAUGCAUGACUCUUAUGCCCAGUGUGUGCGUGUACUUAUGAAUCUGUAGACUUUAUCUUGAAUUUUUGUUAUUA